AUGCCUUUUGUAUGCUAUUACAAAAACCACGAGGCUACAUCUUCAAGCUUUAUCGAGGGUGGCUGGUACCGCACUGAUGAUCUAGACAUCAUCGACAGUAACUCUAUGCACCUUGUCAGUUGCAUCAAGGUUAUCGACAUCAUUCAUGGUGUUACGUAUGGUAUCCCCGAGCUUGAAACUCAUCUUCAGACUUUUGAAGGUGUCACGCACUCAUUCCUCGCUGCUGUUCCAUACAGUUUCCUGGUCAGGAAACUAAAGGGUUUCAGGCCAGCAGCACUUGCAUUAGCGCCAGCUACUCGCAUCCCUUGCCGUCUCACUUGGCUCUCGUCAUCUCAACUUUCCAGUGCCCUCAUUUGUUUUCCCAGCAUCUCCAUCCCCCAUCUGUUCUCUAGCUUCCGCGCCCCCGCCAGCACCAUGUUUUUCUCAUGUUUACACUUCUUGAGUGCCCACCACGUUGAACGCCCCUCCUCCAUGCGCCUGUCAGCUGACACUCCACCUACCAUUCCACAUGCACACCAUCAGGAGCCACCCCAUUAA